AAACCGGAACAGAAAUGAGGUUAAUUUGACCUCAAUACGAGACAACGGGAACCCAAAUCUUGCAUUUGUUCAAAAUUAGAUUUCCACAAUAACAGACGAGCGAAGUUGCAAGAUGGCUUCAAGAGGGAAAGGCAAGUGGAAACCACAAGCUGGCUUUGGCACUGGUUUUGGCAUAGAAAGUCAAGGUGCAGGGAUUCCAAAUGCUCUUAUAAAGAAUGCAAGACAUAGUGGUCAACUUAAUUUGUCAAACAGGAGUCUUGAAGAAGUACCAAUCCAAGUUUGGAGGAUAAAUAUUGAUGUUCCUGAAGAGGGUAAAAAUGUGUCCCUUGACACUGGUAGUGGUGACCGGUGGUGGGAGCAAGUUGACUUGAGAAAACUUAUCCUUGCUUCAAACCAAAUAAAGGAGUUGUCAUCAGAAAUCAGGAAUUUGCCAGCAUUGAAUGUGCUUGAUGUCCAUGACAACAAGCUCGAGUCUUUACCAGAUGAACUGAGUGAAUUACAGGAGUUGUCCAGGCUUAAUCUAAGCCACAACAAGUUUUCUGUCAUCCCAGUCUCAAUGACAAUGUUACCGUCUAUCCAAGUGCUUCUUUUAAACGGGAACGUGCUUACAGAAUUACCGGACGAUUUCGGAAAUCUCGUUAACGUUGAAGAUUUGGAUCUUGGUGACAACAGGCUAACGUCGCUACCAGAAAGCUUUGGAAACUUGCAACGACUGCGAAAACUCAAUCUAGGAAAUAAUGAGCUGGAAAAUCUUCCUCAAGGAUUUCGUAAUCUCUCUGUAUUGCAAUAUCUUAAUUUGGGAAACAACAAGCUGAAGGCCUUACCGGGAGGCCUAGAUAAAAUGACUGCCCUUGAUAUAUUGGACUGCAGAGCAAAUUUUAUAUCAGAGUUCCCUCCACUUGGUGGCAUCGUGAAUUUGAAAGAACUCUACCUCAGUAACAAUCGAAUCAAGCAACUUGAUGCUGACAUGUUUAAAUACCUACCGACACUCGUGACCUUCGAUGUUAAAGAUAACACAAUUCAGAGUGUUCCAGAAGAGAUAACUUUGUGCUGCAAACUGGAACGAUUGGAUCUCACAAACAACUGCCUCUCUAUUCUACCAUUCACUGUUGGCAACAUGGAAAAUCUAAAGACGUUGUCACUUGAUGGCAAUCCUUUGCGUGGAAUACGACGUGAUGUUGUUGCAAAAGGAACACAGGCAGUGCUGGCAUUCCUGAAGAGCAGAAUACCUCUGCCAGAUCAAGAGAAGAGCAACGAUGGUGCAGCGAACAAGGUUCAAAAUGAGAUUAAUGACAAUACCAUUUCACUAGGAGGCCCUAUAGAUCUGCACAAAGCCACAUCGACUAGAAAAAUUGAAUAUAGUAGCAAAAAGGCAACUUCAAUACCAGAAUCUUGUUUUGUGGCAGAUGUCCCGAUAUCGGUAGUCGAUUUCAGCAAAAAUUUAUUGAGUGAUGUCCCUAUUAGGUUGUCAACCUAUGCGGAUACCUUAGUAGAUCUGAGUUUGAGUUCGAAUAAAAUAACCACGAUCCCGUCAGAACUAGCUGCUUUACAGAAGCUCACGUUUCUUGAUCUCGGAAAUAAUAUGAUAUCAGAAAUUCCAGAGGAAUGCAAAUCUUGGCAGUGUCUUUCGCAAAUCACAAUAUCUUCAAACAGAUUCAAAGAAGUUCCUAAACUUCUAUACGAAAUUGGUACUUUGGAGACAAUCCUAGCAAGCUCAAACCAGAUUAUCGAAAUAGAUGUCGACGGACUGAAAAAGCUACAACGGAUUUCAACCUUGGAUCUAAGCAACAACAAUAUUUCUCAUGUGCCUCCUGAACUUGGAAAUGUGACAACUCUGAAGUCACUGCAAAUCGAAGGAAACUCUUUCCGAAACCCGAGGCACAAUAUUUUAACGAAAGGAACAGCUCAGGUUUUAGAAUAUCUCAGAGAUAGAAUUCCCCGCUAAACAAUAGGUAGCUAUCAUUUAUGUUUGUAUUGAAAGAUGUAUCAUAAAUCGCUCGUGUACAGCUAGAUUUAAACACAAUUUAUUUUAAGGGCAGUGGACAUUUUCUCCCAAGAGAAAGAUUUAUUUUGAGUUUGAUGGUAAGAGAUACCUCGUGUGUUACAUGCGGAGUUUAAAAAGCGUUUAUAUUACUCUGUACAAUAUAUUCAAGGAGAAAUUUGCACUUUGCAUCCUCUCUAGAAGCAUUUUGUCACCAAGUAAUGGUCUGCUAAACAAGAGUCGAUUCGCCAUCUUUCUACAUAAAAUUAAAAACCCGCUUUUAUGUAGACAGAAUGAGUUCGUUUUCAACUUAGUCUUCCUUGGUAGUUAAGUUAAUAAGUAAACGGCACUGAUUGGUCAAUGUUUACAGUCAUGUGCGGGCAUUUCUGAGUGGCCUAUCACGAUCCAAAACUCUGUAUGUAUAUAUAUAUAUAUAUCUUCUUGGUUAGAGCUCUCGAUCUAUGUUCUGACGUUUUAUACUCUGACGAGUGUUAGACAAAAAGCUAAAGUAUGUUUCAAAAUAUCUGCUUUUUUCAAAGCCAUUUUUUAUUUGUGUACAGCCAAAAAAUAUUACCAAGACUUGCUAAUGUUUUAUAGAACUCUUUUUGGCAAGCUCUUGUAAAGCAAAAUUACUGAUCACCACCAGUUGUUUGCAUUUUAUGCACUCCAUAGCUUUCAAGUCAUUCUCCCCAUAAUGCUAAAUGAUAUUGGCAAAGCCACUGCUUGCAGAACAACAAUGCAUUUCUUAUUUUUGUCUUGUUGAGAUUUUUGGUUCUUCAUAGCUAUCAUCUUGUUUGCCUUGAGUUUUGCAUGACGUCAUGAAAAUGUUUUAAGAAAUUUUUACUUCUGGCCUCAUAACCUUAAAUGUUGUACAUAGAACCCUAUGUACAUAUAAUAUUAAAUUUAGAUUGCAUAGAAAAACUCUCUAAAAUGCAAAACGAGUCAAAUUUGUUGACAAUUUGAUGAGAUAUAGCAAGUGAAGAACUGGGCUUUGAAAAGGUUACAGUUGUUUUGGCAUGGUUCGUAGAUUUCAGGACCAAAACCAAAUUACAAUGAUUUUGACAGGCAAAUAGUCUAUGCUGAUGUGACCAAAAAGCAGUCAGUUAUAAAUUACUUUGCACAUUUAGAGGUUUUUCGUAAUGAUUCUUUGGACUAUGUGGACUGAAUUCAAAAUUCUAAAAACAGAUUUUACCACGCCAUCACCUAGGAACUCUUCAUUUUUCACUGCAAAAUGUUUUUACAAACAUUCCAUGUAAAUUGCUGUCUGGUGCUUUUCAUAACAGAUUGCUCCAGUGUGUUGUCUUAAAAUGUUUAACAAAAGAAAACUCUCUAUAUCCUUUCAGAUUUAGCUUUCCAGGAGUUUUAUCCAUAAUUUAUUGAAAAGAAAACCACAUUGCUGAACGCAUUUCAGUUUAAAUUCUUAGCGGAAUAUUUUGAUGCUGCAAUCUGAUUAUUGUAAUCUCGUAUUCCAGAACGAUAUUCUAAUUGACAGCCAGGUCCUGUUGUUUUUUUUAAAUUGGAUAUCAGUACACUGCGUCAUACGGAACCAGACACAACAAAUUACAAAUUUCCAAAUUUGUCUCUUCACUUAUAGAGGUGUGAAAGAUCUUCAUUUAAAGUUAUAGAGCAUAAAAAUUUCGAAUUUGAAUUUUUGCCUUUUUUAUAAGAACCAGAGAAUUUGCAUCGAGGCUCAAUGUUCUUUUUUCUUUUUUUGGAUAAUUUAAAGUUCGAUUGUUCUGUAUGUUCUUCUUUCAACAUUGAUUUUUCUUCGUCUUCUUUCUAUCAGCUGUUUCAAGACUACCAAAUAACAGUUUUGCGUGCAAUUUUAAGGGGCACGGUUGGUUUGUUGAUAAAAUUUGCUCUUUUCUAACAUGAGCGGAAAUUUUAAAAAACACAUUUUGUAUUCUAAUUUUUCAUCUAAAGCUGGGUAUGUGUUUGUGUAGUUUUUGUUUUUGUACUAAUUCGAGCCUCGGUUUGCUUCUAAUGUGUUUUCAUACAGAAAAGAGUGAAAGCAUGAAAUCAUGUUUUUUGUGCUUCUAAGUAUGGAUUGAUCAAGCAAUCUAAAGUUUUGUUGCUAGUAUAAAAAUGGAUUUGCUAUUUUUUAUGUUAUUCUGCCAAAUAAUUGCUAGUUUGCUAAUCUAGAGUUCUUUUACCAUUCGAAAGCUAGUUUGCUAAUCUAAAACUAGUUUGCCAAUCUAAAACUAGUUUGCCAAUCUAAAGCUAGUUUGCCAAUCUAAAGCUAGUUUGCCAAUCUAAAGCUAGUUUGUCAAUCUAAAACUAGUUUGCCAAUCUAAAACUAGUUUGACAAUCUUAAACUAGUUGCCAAUCUAAAGCUAGUUUUGUCAAUCUAGAAUAAAAUCUCCUUUAGUUAGUGUUAGUUUUGGAGUAUCUAGUUUCAGUUUGCUAAAACCAUGUGUUAACUUGAGAAUUUAGAAUACAUUUGCUAAUCUAGAGUAAGUUUGUAAUGGUAACGAUUGAUUACUUCAAAACCACCUGCCACGGUAGCAUUAAUUUCCUGCAUUAAAGGUCAAAUAAAUCCGAUUAAAUUCAAGCGCCAACAUUGUUUGCCUGCACUUGUUUCCAUGAGACGCAUCAUACUUUGUCCAAUUGUUAACUCUUGUAAAUGGUGGACAGUUAAUGGUGAGGUGCUUAUUGGAAGGAUCUUUUAAUUGGAUAAGUGACUGCACAAUAUAUGUGCCGAUAAAGAAUGCCAGUGAGACGCUUUGUGGAUUUAGAUGUGUGGUUUAAAUUAAGAUGCCAAUUUAUUCCAUGGUGUUUGUAAUAUACAAAAUUUGAUGCGAUUACUGUGAGUUUCAAGUUGGAAAGGAGAAACGUGAUUUGUUAGCACGAAGUGGCAACACAACUAAAGUUGAAAGUAAGUUUGUCAAGCAGCUUCUUUUGCGUUAUUAUAAAUAUUUGUAUCGAUUAAGUUUCCUUUGUGUCGAUUAAGUAGCCUUCUCACAGCACCGCGUUCUUCAGAGUAUUUCCAAAACAUUGAGAAUACUUUACGUUUAUGUAGAAAGUUGGGGUAUCUUCAAGCUCUCCACAAUCAAUUUUUCCUUUCGAUACAACGUUAAUGGUACAUCUCUUCUACGAUUGAUUUCUAAAGGCGUUCUUACAAAGCGACUGAGUUUAUUACGUGGGAAGGGAAUUCUGUUAAAAGCAAAAUCGUUACAUAGCCCAUCGAUUCUAUUUCAUUGCAAAGGCCAUGGUUUUGACCUAAUUCAGUCCUUUUUUCAAGUGACAUAGAAAUACCAAUGAUCGAUUGAUUAGUAACUCAAUAGAAACUUCAAUGCACAAGUACAUUAGCGAAUGAGCUUGUCGCUUAGCAAACAUAUUUUCUUAUGACAAGUCUUUACCUUGUCAAAAUUGUUUUUUCCUGAACAUGCAAAAAGGUCCCAGAGAUUGCACUAUUUUUCGGUCAUAAGAGUAACGAAAAAUGGAAUUCGUCGCAAUGAAAUGGAUAGUUUCCAUAAUUUGCCAUUUUAUUUCGUCUAUUUUCGAAAAUUCUAUGGUUGUGAAUAUUCAUGUGUUCUUCAGUUUUUGACUAUCUGUAAAUUAAUCUGGAUGCACAGAAGAAAAUCAAUUACAUUCACUGCAGAAUCGCACUGACUCCAUAUUUUUUUAAACCUUUGCUUUGUCUUGCUAUGAAACUAAUUAUAUAACAAAACACAUAAACGAGAAUCACAAUCCGUUAUCACACUUUCUGAUUUAGCAAUAAUCGUUCUCGCGUCAUUGCUCUCGCGUUACCUGAGAAAGAAGUAAAAGGCGUGCAUUUUCAAUCAAGUUUAUAGAAGAGGGUCAUCAUUGGUUUAAAAUUUUUCCUCGGGAUUAAACAGAUUGGACUCGCAAUUAUAACAGUAUGUUUCCACUCAUAGCCACCUACUUCUUGGCAAUCCUUACAACCACAACCAGCACAAAGGGCCUAGUUCUUGAUUUCUCAAAAGGGCCUAAUUUCUCUUAAGUCAAACUACAAGCAUUUUCGCGUGUUGGGUCUAAAGGUCCUGAAAUUCCAGUGGCUUACAAACUAAUAAGUUGAAAUCUCUACUACUCACAAAAGGUGUUGAGAAAGUUGAGCAAAAAGGAGUCAAGCAAAGACUAGAAUUUAAGUCAAAGAAAAAGAAGCACUCAAGCUUGGGACUUGAGAGGAUAUAGAAUGACAUAUAAUAAUAAUGAUAAUAAUAAAACGAAUAUUUAUACAGGAUAAACACUUCAACAAUUAGAACAUCGCUGUUAUCACUGGACAGAGUAUUGAAUACUGCAUUUAUAUAGCAAUUUUAAAGCAUAAUUUGAAGGUUAAAUGACAAUAACCAAUUUGAUAGAUUCGUUCUCAUCAAAUGGGCUCUAAAUUGGUAAUUUCAGCUUAUAGAUUUCCAGUCCACUAUGUUCUUAUAUGCGGGUAUUUACUGUAUCUUUAGCGAUAGUAUUACAUAAAUAUCGUCGAAUCCCGUAGAUUCGCUCCUAAUUGAUCGAUAGCAGCUUGACAUAUCACAGACAUAUCAAAUUUUUCUGGAAAAUAUCCCUUACCGAUAGUAACUUGUGUCAGGCAGCAUGCGAUGUUCUUGACAUUUCUCCUACGCUUUGACGAAAAAUAGAAACUACAAUCGUGAUAAGCGAUUUAUCUCCCCCGUUAUGAACAGGUUUGAGCUCUAAAAUCAUUUUCGGUUCUUUCUUCUUCAACAUUCCUUAUCCUGUGAUCAAAGAUAAAAUCCCCUCUUGCCUUACCAUACACGGUAUCUCCAACCGCAGCUGUCCAGCUUUAAGAAACGAGUGGAUCUUUUGAAAUGAAUACACAUUCUUUAUUCUUUGACGAAGAACCAAUUUCCAGGUUGCGAUAUUCUAAUGGCGUCGCAAAGUGCACUUUUUGGCCUCACUGUUUUGCAACUGUGCAAUUUUAAAAGGCGGAAUCAAGCAUAUUAUAGUAUGUUUUUCAUUUUGGAAUUUUAUUAAAACGUCUGGCAAAUUUACUCUCUUGUAACCUGGUUGUAAAAACUGUUUCCAUGAUCCUACUGUCUUUAACAGCUCAUUUUAAAUUCUGUUAAUUAGGCCUAAAACGACUCUUCUUUACUGUUGUUGGUCAAUUAAAACACAAAACGCCUGCCAUUACUCUUGGUACACUAUUGUACCAGCAAUGCUAUUUGAAAACAUAGUGCACUGGUGCAAAAAAUUAGGGAAAUGGCAGGUGUAUAAUCUAUGCACACUGGCUGAAUGACUGCAAUAUCUAUAUACACAAAAUACCUAUACCCGCAUUUUGGUAUACGAUUAUUUGUGUGUACAUAUAUCAAAAUAUCUAUGUCACAAUUUCAAUGUAUAUCUUUACACACUGGCUGAAUAACUGCAAUAUCUAUAUGAACACUGCUCUUGUACUUACAUAUGAGUACCCAAUUAUUUGUAAAUACAUAUAUUUAUGUCACUAUUACAUUUUCUAUGACUACCCAUUGUCCCUCCAUUUACACAGUGAGCUCGUAGAGUACACUUGAAUAAAUUAUAUACAUAUGCCUCUACGGCAAGGCUACGUGAAUAAACUGGAUACACAUGAACGUGGAUAUCCCGUUCUUUUCUGUACAACGUUACCAUACAAUAAUACACCUUUGCUGGCAUCAUCCCUGGACGCAGGGUUGAGGGGGCACCCAGGUGUAAAAGGGGAAACUGAUCAUAUGCCCCAAAAUGCUCUACCUGGUGGAUUGGCUGAUGAGCUAGCAAGGACUCAGAACUAUAAAAGACAACAUGUAUACAUGUUUGUAUAUGUUAUAUAUAGCAGUAUAGUAUAUCUAUACUGACACAAGCCCCAUUCUAGUUGGGCACACUCGUCUAACCACAAACUGGAUCCCAGAUCUCCUAACGACACAAGACUUUGUGAGAGGGCCCAGUAUGAUCUAGUUGAGGUUGGCAUUACACUACUUUAUCUUAGUCUUUGACAAGCUGUGUUUGUCCUUUUUUAUGGUUUCAAACAAACGCCGCUGUAAAAAUAUACCUUAAUGACAAUUUCUAGACAACAUUUGCAAAAAAACUUUUUAUCAAAUUGUUCGACGAAAAAUAGAUAAAUCUAGAAAAGUAUAAAAUGUUUUAUUAAAGUAAUUGACCUGAGUUGAAAGCCCUGACCCCCACACGUUUCUAACUUGCCAAAAAUAGAGGCGACAAUCCAAUAUUUGUAGAACCAGCCUUUUAUCUGAGGCAAUUCACAUUAAUGACACAACCACGUAUGUUCAAUCAGUGAAUACGGUUUUUUUCGAUAGAAAAGACGGAUUUAUCGAAUCAGGGUGAAUGGCGAUAAGAUCCAUCGAUUUAUAAAUUCCGUCAAACACAUUUUUGAAUUCAAAAUAGCUCCCAGUAAAAGUUGCAGAGCUUAAAAUCCACCCAAAAAAAUCCAGCUCGAGACCUAGUUCUUGAAGUCACUUAUUUUUUAACCUCUUUGGUCAGGCCUCUUUUGAUAAAAAUGUAGUACUAAAAGUUCCUUAAUUUCUUUUUAAUUUAACUGCAGAUUUAAUGCCACGAAGGCGUGGUGAUAAAGGCGAAGGAUUUAGAAAAGUUUAAUUUACCAGAAAAAAUACACUCUUGUUUUUUAUAAGAACCAGUAAAUUUAAGUUCAGGCUGACUUUUCUUGAUUUUUUUGAAAAUCUGAGGCUGGAUUGUUCUCAAUUUGUUCUUAAUCUAAUAGGGUGUAAGCAGUGCGAGUGGUAGCUUUUUCCCUAUAGGGUGAUGUUCAGGCCUCAUUUGCCAACAAAGUGAGCGAGACAGCCUUAAUUUGCUGACAAAUUUGAAUAUUCACCGAAAAAGCACCCACACAUCGCUAAAAAUCCUCGAUUUUGAGUAAAAACGUUCAAAAUUGCAUUUUGCAGAAGCUCAGCCUCAACUUGUUCUUAAUUUGUUCUUAACUUUUGACCAAUUUUGAGGCUCGUGUUCUUCUAAAAUUGUUCGUAUAAAAAAAAUAUAGUCUUAUAAAUUUUGACACUGGGGGUACGUGUAUCACCAAUUACACCUCCUGGAAUAACGGAUUACUUUCUCUUCAAAAUGGAUAACUGUUAAUUACUCAGAAAAUGUCUUAACUUCGGCCAAUGUGCUGUGCUCGUGGACAAAAAAACGUUAUAAUUUUUCCGAUAUUGUAAACGCUUUCUUGCACCUUUUUUUAUAGUUCCGUUACAAAAAGGGAAACGCUCGGGGGUUGUAUUUACACAGGAACGCUUUUAACAUAUCGUCUCGUUCCAAUAAAUUGAACGCUCUCAAAAGAGAUACGAACAGUGGGACAGUGCCCCAGUGCUUUGGUUUUUGUCUAUAAUUCUUCAAAUCUGAUUCACCAGAAGAGGAAAAGGCUAACCUUCAUUUUUAACCUGGAUACAUUCAAACCUAGGUAAAUGAAAUCGACAAAAAAUUAAGUAAACAAGCGUUUCCGUGGUCUCAUUUUAAAAGUCGGAUACUUUUUCACUUGUGUUUGUUUUAACCCGAGCUAGUGGAAAGGGCGCCUCUUUAACGUAUGUUCGUUUACCCUCUCUCGGGUGACCAAUACUUCAAUCAACGUCCAGGGCAUCAGACAAAGGAUUAAUCUUAGAUUUUCCUUUUUAACAUGCUUUUUGUUCUGGACCUUCCCUCGAACCAACGAAGUCUCGAUUAUAAAGAUGCAAAUAAGAAAUUUUCAUAUUAACAGAGACUUUUCGUCCUCAGGGUCUAAAAUUCUUAUCAGUAGGUACUGUCAAGUCAAAUCAAAUCAAGCUGUAUGACAAUUCCGUCCAUGGACGUGUAUUACUGGUAGAAGUGUAUAAUUCAUAAUAUAUAUAUAUAUAUAUAUAUAUAUUCAUAAUAUGGUAUAAUUUUUAACAUAAAUAGAAUACCCGCAUCACAACCAGAAAAUAUAGAGCAUAAACAGAAAUUGUAAAACACAAUUGUUUAUACUUGAAAUCAUACGAAACAAAAAAACUAAACUUAUACUUACAUAACACGAAUUCUAUAAAGCAUUGAAAUCUGGAUCCUAGUGACUAUAUUUAAUUCGCGCAUUCAAGGGCAAUGGACAGAUGCGGAAGUGGCUUGAGCCGAAUGUCGAUCAACUAUAAAUGUGUUCCAGGCUCUACACCAGGCAAUACUCUAUUAGGAACCUGCUUUUUUCUGAGUUAC